GAGGAAACGUAACUUUUAUCGUGUUGUUUAAUUCAUCGUUUACAGAUCAAUUAGCAUUAAACUAUACAGAUCACCUUCUACAGCUGCUUCCAGGAUAAACGACCAGUUCAUGGAAGCAGCAAAAGGAGAAAUUACAUGUCCAAAAGUCCUGUGUAGAAACUGGUGGAGAUUGUCGCUCCAGGAGAGAGGAGCAGUACAACAACAACAACAACAACAACUCUUCCCCUGUCCCACCCUGAGGCUGCUGUCUCCAGAGAGUGAGACAUCAUGACACUUGGAAAGCAGAGUUUAUUCAAGCAGAAUGUGAAGCAAGCUACUGGCGAGGUAGUCUGUGUCUGUGACAGGUGGCUGAUCUGCUGUGUAGACUUUUAGAUGCUUCGUACACCGUGUUGAUUUUCUGUCUCUUUAGUGCACUAAGUGAAAGCGGCACAUGUUUACUCCGACAACAUUUCUCCUGUGACAUCCCACACUUCAUGAUGCAUUCAGAGGCUUCUGCAGCAUCCAUUAGCCUCCUUCCAGACAACACAGCCUCCCUUUAUAAACCUGACAGCCACAAGCAGACCUCCUCUGUACGCUGCCAUUUCCCGGGCCUCACAGAAAGAGCGGACAUGACACCAAAGUGUGGACACACUGAGGAUAAAGAAAACUUCAUCAAAAGAAAGACGACUCGCACAGGGGACAACGUGGAGGAGGAAUCAACAGCAGUUGCCAGCAAUCAAUUAUUGACUGAAGGCAUGUGGAGACAGAAGGAGCACGAGAACUUAUUGACCUCAAACAUGGACCUAACUGCUCUCCUGCAAGGCAGAGUGAAGUGCAGCAAGGGGAAGCCUCCCAGUACCAAGCAAACCAGGAAAGAAGCUUUUGAUCGCUACAUGAAUAUAAUAUACGGCCUUCCUCCCAAUUCUGAGUUUGAUUUUGAAGACACCCUUGAUCCAGAUACAUUUUCAUUUCAUCAUGAGCCAAAUAACAACACGUCCUGUGACCCUCCUGCCCGACAAGAAGACGUCCACCCUGAAUCUAGAAUCAUUCCUGUGACUGUGGAGGAGAACAAGGUACAGCAGAAAAAGCCUCCAGCCCAAAGCUUUAAACCAAGGACCCAGAUGAAAUUCAAGCCACUGCCUGAACGAGUCGUACCCAAGAAAGAAGAGCCUCCAGAGAUAAUUUCUCCAAUAGAACAACCCAAACCCCAAACUCCUCCUCCACCUUCUCCUCGUCCAAGGACCCCUCGUCCCCUAACCCCUUGUCUCCUAACCCCUCGUCCAAGGACCCCAACACCGCUCCCGCCUCGAGAACCCACUCCGGAGGUGCCGACGUUCCUCAAACAGUUUGCAGAUACUAGCUGGUUCAGAGACGUAUUCCCUGAUAAAAUGAGUAUCCCAAGCACCCUAUCUCCAGAGGACUUCUCCUUGCAACUGCUGGGCUCCCUGACCACCUGCAGCACUCCAUCCAAAAUGAAGAUUGUUGUAGCACUGCAGAGCCUCCACAGCCAGGGCCUCCUGCAGAACACCGACAAGCUUUACCAAGGCCUCGUGGACUUACUGCCUGCAUUUGCCAAACCACAUAUGUCACACUUGGAACGGACUGUGCUGGAGGAAGUGUUGAAUCUGUUGGUGCAUCUGAAACCUGCCACUUGUGACCUUGUGAAAAAGCUCCUCACUCUUCUGGCCUUUAAAAGACUGGUUCUAGGGGAAACAGUGGUGCGCGUGCUGACGGCAUUAGGCGUAGACGAGGCUACGUGGCUGUGGCCUGAGUUGGAGAGCUGGGACUUGGAGCUGCGGGACCAGUCCAACGUCUGGAAAAGCCUCCAUGACAGAGCCGACUGGUGGCUGCAGUCAUGGACCUCCAAAUUCAAAGUAAUAAAGACAUGUUUUAUACAGUUCCCCUGA